AUGGUGGAAAGUACAUACGCCGGUGAUUCUCCAAGAUCUCACUCGCCAAUGACGGAGCCCUCGAGUCCCCUCCAUGACACCCCAUCAGGACUCCCUUCGAAUCACAAUCACCAUCAUCACAAUCAUCACCACCGUUAUCUGUACAACUACUCGCCCGAGAGUAUUCAGCAAAAAUUGCGAGCGGAAUUGUCCGCGAAGGAGCUCUCACGGAGUCCAGGGAGUCCGGAGAACUCGAGACAUCGGCAAUUGAAUAAAGCCGGCAACUCGGCCUCGAUGUCAUCACCAACGUCACUAUUCACUAUCGAUAGUAUUUUAGCACCUAGACCUACAGGUAGUGUCAGUGGAACACCGGCCACGAGCACUAGUGGAUUAGCUAUUCUUCAGGGGUGUCCGGAGACCGUCGGCUCACCACCGAGAACCGCUAUUCAUCCACUUCAACAGCAGCUACAUCAUCUUGCCUUUACUCCAGCUGAUUUUUUGGCUGCUGCAUACCCCGGCCUCUACUCGGGAGGCUACGUCGCGGCGAUGGCAGCAGCGGGAGUGUCCCUGCACGGCCAGCCCGCGUUCUACCACGCGACGCAUCCCUAUCAGAUGAGUCCCAACGGGCCCGGAGUGGGGCCCAUGACAAAACGAAAGCGAAGACACAGAACAAUAUUCACGGAGGAGCAGUUGGAGCAGCUGGAGGCGACCUUCGAUAAAACCCACUAUCCGGAUGUCCUGUUGCGUGAACAGCUUGCCCUCCAGGUCGACCUCAAGGAGGAGAGGAUCGAGGUAUGGUUUAAGAAUCGUCGAGCAAAAUGGCGGAAGCAGAAGCGAGAAGAGCAAGAGCGUCUCCGCAAGCUGCAGCUGGAGCAGCGUCAACGAACGGAGGACGGAAUGCCCCCCCUGUCCCGUGGUCACAUUUCCCUGAACGGCCAACACGAGCCGGACACCGACAGUUCUGACCUCGAGGUGGCGUAG